AAUUUUACAAAUAAACUUUAGUCGCCACACAAAGUCGUCCAAGGCGGACGUGUGACAAGUGGGCAAAGUGGAACUGACGAAGUGUUAUUAAUAAUAAAAGACUAUGAUCAAAAAAUAUUAAAAGCUGACAAGAAACAGAAAAAAACCGAAGAUAUUAUUUUAAGAUUCUGCGACAAAAAAUUACAAGAUGAGGUUCCAGUUGUGUUGGGCUUGCGUUGUUUCUUGUGUUUUGUUGGUAAGCCCGGCCUCGGCAGGUGAGGGUGAGGAAGAUCUGCUCAGUCUUAUCAGGAAUAUAACAGAGGAACUUACGAAGACGAGGACUGGUACAACAGCAAACUACGUCAACGGCUUCGGCCACAAGCUGAUAACGCAGAUGAUGACAGACGACGAAGACAAGAACGUGAUCAUAUCGCCGACGGGUAUAGCGGGACUGCUGGCCAUGACUCUGCUGGGGACGGUGGGGAGGUCGUAUGACGAACUCGCAGACACGCUCGGAUUUUCCCGCGACGUAAGGGGCAACCUAAAAAACCAUGAAGAAUUCGGUAAUUUACUGCGCUCCUUGAACGGAAACGGUCUUAGUAAGACUGUGUACGCGGAUGUGGUGCUUGUAGAUACACACGUGAAACUACGUGACGUCUACAGACAAUUUCUGAGAAGGGUAUAUGAUGGCGAAGCCCUAAGCAUCGACUUCGGGGACAGAAACUCGGCGAAGGCAACUAUUAAUAAAUGGGUAAGCGAACACACGAUGGAAAAGAUCAGUGAAUUUCUGAAGGAGCCGCUUCCAGCCGACACAAGAGCAGUUCUGUUGAGUGCCCUGUACUUCGCCAGCCAGUGGCAAACGCCUUUUAUACCAGAAUUUACAAAUAAGAUGACGUUUAAAAAGCCGGGCCAAGAUGUUGCGGCUGAUCUGAUGUUGAACUUGGGUGAAUUUAAUUAUACCGACUCGCACGACAAUGGUUUACAGAUGAUAGCCCUACCGUACAACGAUAGCGUCACCACUUUAUACGCUUUGAAACCUAAGUAUCCAAAAGACACUAGUAUAAAAGAGUUACUGAGCAAACUGGACUUCGAACAAAUAGACAGACUGAUAGACGAAAUGAAAGUUCAAAAAGUUGUGGUCAGAUUCCCCAAAAUGGAACUGCAAUCUUCGGCGAAUUUGGAGGGCGCCAUGAAGCGGAUAGGAAUUGAAACCAUUUUUAGACCGAAACUCGCAAACUUCGCACUUAUGAUAGAUACCAAUAUGGUCGCAAACAAGACGGAGAAUGAAAUAUUAGCGCGCAUCCAUGAUGAUGAUGACGUUGGCUUGAACAGGAUAAUCAACAGUCUUCCGAAUCCAGACGUCCAUAUUGACUCUAUCAUACACGAUGUGAGAAUUACUAUUAAUGAGUAUGGGACGGAGGCAGUUGCAGCCACAGCUGGAGUGUUAGCAAAAACAGCAGAGCAGUUCUACGCAGACUCACCGUUCUACAUGUUUAUAAGGAAUGAAAACACCAAACUUGUCACAUUUAGUGCUAUAAUAAACGAUCCAACAACUUAAAAUUAA